UCUUUGCCGCAUCUAUUGCGAGGAUGAAGACCAUUCUCAGCAAUCAGACUGUCGACAUCCCAGAAAAUGUCAACAUCACUCUGAAGGGCCCCAGAGGCCCCCUGCAGAGGGACUUCAACCUCAUCAAUGUAGAACUUAGUCUCCUUGGAAAGGAAAAGAAGAGGCUCUGGGUUGACAAAUGGGGGAGAAAUAGAAAGGAGCUGGCCACGGCUCACACUAUCUGCCGUCAUGUGCAGAACACAAUCAAGGGUGUCACACUGGGCUUCCGGUACAAGAUGAGGUCUGUGUAUGCUUACUUCCCCAUCAGCGUCGUUAUUCAGGAGGAUGGUUCUCUUGUUGAAAUCAGAAAUUUCUUGGGUGAAAAAUACAUCCACAGAGUUUGUCUCAGGUCAGGUGUUGCUUGUUCAGUAUCUCAAGCCCAGAAAGAUGAGUUGAUUCUUGAAGGAAAUGACAUUGAACUUGUAUCAAAUUCAGCUGCUUUGAUUCAGCAAGCCACGACAAUUAAAAACAAGGAUAUCAGAAAAUGUUUGCAUGAUAUCUAUGUUUCUGAAAAAGGAACAGUUCAGCAGGUCAAUGAAUAA